UAGAAAGCUCAAGCAGAAAGAGAAGCCAUGAGCUGGUAACGCGUUUGACAGUGAAGACGAAUUAGCGGGGUAACAAUUUGAUCAAAACAUAAAGAGUCAAACCUUUUGUUUUUUAGCGUGGCAAGCAGUGCUGUUGUUGAGAAUUAAAGCCAACAACAGUGAAUUAACAUAAAGAAUUGGCAGUAUCACAUUCUGGAUAUGGCUGAAAAAAUGUGCUCUGACUAUCAGCUACCUCGCCUACGAAAGGAAUCGCUCUUCAAGAAUUCCUCGCCGGCAUAUCAGAAAAAUUAUUUAGGGGUCACUUUUGGAAGCCAUUUCGGAAUGAAGUCAUCUAAGUCACCAGCAGUUUCUGAGAAGUCCAGCUAUAAUGGACUGAGCCCGCUGGACAAGUCGACCAGUCUUCCUAGUAUAUCUAUAAAAAAGAUACCACAUAGCAAGCAUCAUAAAUUUCGAGAUGAUAAUGUAGUAGGAAGUAGUUACAGCAACGGUCAUAUCAGUCAUGUGACGUCAUCUACAAUCGCCUCAUCUCUUCCCGUGUUGAACAACAACAAGCAACAUGGUUUAAACUACACAGAUACGUUGACCACCAGCACUGACACUCAGUUUUGUCGUCAUCUGUUUAGUUACACUGGACGAAGCCAGGACGGACUUUCUACGAAAAGUUUGUCACUAGAUGGCAGCACGGAACAAAGUUUAACUCAUCUGAAAUUUGAUUUACCCGGGGACUACUAUCACACAGAACAAAAUUCCCCAUCCCACACAUAUCUUGACCCAUAUGGAAAAAGCCUUCCCCUCAGUCCACAGGAAGCUCUAAAGUACUACUUUUCAAGGUUAUGUCAGUUCGAACGAACGGAAGUGACGCAAUACCCGGAAGUAUGGUAUUUAGGUCUGGAAGCUAGUAAAAUAGAAGUUGAUGAUGGAGCGGCACACAACAACGGCUACGAUGAUGAAAGUGGAUCGUAUAUUAAGGUGCUCCAUGACCAUAUCGCUUAUCGUUACGAGAUCCUAGAAGUAAUUGGUAAAGGAUCUUUUGGGCAAGUCAUCCGGGCACUUGAUCACAAAACAAACCAGCAGGUGGCAGUGAAAAUCAUUCGAAAUAAAAAAAGGUUCCACCAACAGGCUCUAAUAGAAGUAAGAAUCCUAGAACAUCUCUGUAGUAAAGACAAAGAUGGCUACCACAAUGUUAUUCGCAUGUUAGACCAUUUUUACUUUCGAAACCAUUUGUGUAUAUCCUUUGAACUUAUGGGGAUGAAUCUGUACGACCUUAUCAAGCAGAACAAUUAUCAGGGCCUGAGUUUAGGACUUAUUAGAAAGUUUAGCUACUCUCUUAUCCAAUGUCUGCGACUGUUGUACCGAGAGAAUAUAAUCCAUUGUGACUUGAAACCUGAAAAUAUUCUCGUUAAACAAAGAGGAACCAAUUCUAUUAAAGUUAUUGACUUUGGUAGUUCUUGUUUUGCUCACCAGAGAGUCUACACAUACAUCCAAUCAAGAUUUUACAGAUCGCCAGAGGUUAUUCUUGGACUUCCUUAUGGAACGGCUAUUGACAUGUGGAGCCUCGGUUCCAUCCUGGCGGAGCUCUAUACCGGAUUUCCGUUAUUCCCAGGUGAAAAUGAAGCUGAUCAAUUGGCUUGUAUUAUGGAAAUACUCGGUUCACCGCCAGCUGAACUGUUAGAAAUGGCAUCUCGUCGCAGACUGUUCUUUGGUAAAGAAAAAGAAAUAAAAUCAGAGAUGCUUAAGAGGAACUGUAGCUGUUUUUUAUUUUAUUAUUAUUAUUAUAUGUAAGACACAUUUUUGCUUAGGUUUUGAGUCGUGA